AUGUACACCGGUAACGGCACCGUCGCCGCUGGCUGGCCCUCCCAAUCCCAAUGGAUGGACUUUGACUCCAUGUUCACCGCCAACAUCCCCAUCAUGCAACAAUCGUGCGCAAACAACGGCUGGGGCGCCAACAACUCUCCCACCGAGAUUGCAGACAUCAAGGCUGCCAUCACCAAGGUUUCUGCUGCGUCUGGAGUGGACCCUCGCUUUAUCCUCGCUAUUGUGAUGCAAGAAUCCAACGGCUGUGUUCGUGUCGUCACCACCUCUUGGAGUGUCCAAAACCCUGGACUCAUGCAGGACCAUGCUGGCUCUGGUACUUGCAACUCUGGCGGUGUGAUUCAAAACCCCUGUCCCGCUUCUGAGAUUGAACAAAUGAUUGUCGAUGGAACUGAAGGCACUGCUUCUGGCGAUGGCCUUGUGCAAUGUCUCAAAGAGACCGAUGUCACAGAUGUUAGCAUGUACUACCGUGCUGCUCGCAUCUACAACGGUGGUCUGGGUGGUUACCAUGCUGAUGAUUUGGGCACUGGAUGCUGUACUUUGUGCUAUGCCUCAGACGUCGCCAACAGACUCACUGGAUGGAGUUCUGGACUCAGUGGAUGCACUCUGUAA